GACUCCACCGAUCCGCCGGAACGAAAGCGGGUCCCGGGACACUGGUGUGUGAGAAACUAUUGCUAGCACAGAGGAAGCCCGGUCCCCAGGCCAUGGGGGUACAGCUGAGGCUGCCACCCGGAGAGCCCUGCCAUGAAGGGUAUGUACUGUCGCUGGUCUGCUCCAACUCUUCCCGGGCUUCGUGCGAGAUCACAAAUGUGUCAGAGUCGCUGCCUUAUCCUGUCGUCUACACGAACCUGAAUUCCUCUAAAACCAACUUCAGCAUUUCAGCAAGUGUAGAAAACAAAUACAAUCUGUAUGUGGGCUUGGUAUUGGCCAUAAGCUCCAGCGUUUUCAUUGGCUCUAGUUUCAUACUCAAAAAGAAGGGUCUCUUGCAACUGGCCGACAAGGGCAUCACCAGAGCAGGGCAAGGUGGACAUUCUUACCUCAAGGAAUGGUUGUGGUGGGCAGGACUGCUGUCAAUGGGAGCCGGAGAGGCUGCGAACUUCGCCGCUUAUGCCUUUGCGCCUGCCACCUUGGUCACCCCACUGGGGGCUCUGAGCGUUCUCAUAAGUGCAAUAUUGUCUUCCUAUUUUUUAAAUGAGCGCUUGAAUAUUCACGGGAAAAUAGGCUGCAUUUUAAGCGUAUUGGGGUCAACUGUGAUGGUUAUCCACGCCCCACAAGAGGGAGAAGUCACAUCUUUGCAUGAAAUGGAAAUGAAAUUGAGAGAUCCAGGGUUCGUUUCCUUUGCUGUGAUCAUCUCUGUGAUCUCACUGGUGCUGAUUUUGAUUGUGGCCCCCAAGAAAGGACAGACUAAUAUAUUAGUCUAUAUCGCAAUCUGCUCUUUGAUUGGAGCGUUUUCCGUCUCUUCUGUCAAAGGCUUGGGAAUUGCCAUUAAGGAACUGCUGGAACGGAAGCCUGUUUACAAGGAUCCCCUGUUCUUCAUCCUGUUGACCAUGCUUGCACUUUCCGUGACCACCCAGAUUAACUAUCUCAACAAGGCCCUGGACACUUUCAACACAUCCCUGGUGACUCCCAUUUAUUACGUGUUCUUCACAUCCAUGGUGGUAACUUGUUCUGCCAUCCUGUUCCAGGAGUGGUAUGGCAUGAAAGCUGGAGAUAUCAUCGGUACCCUGAGCGGGUUCUUCACCAUCAUCAAUGGCAUCUUCCUCCUACAUGCUUUUAAAAACACCAACAUCACCUGGAGUGAACUCAUGUCUACUGCUAAGAAAGAAGCCCUUUCUCCAAAUGGCAAUCAGAACAGUUAUGUUUUACUAGAGAACGCAGACUUCUCAGCCUCUGGGUAUGAUGACGACAUCACCCUGUUUAGCAGGACCAAUGACCAAAGUAGCCAUAAACUUUGAACUUCAACCAAGACAUCCAAAGCAAUAUUUAUUCUUGGAAGGUCUAUUUGCACGUUAGCAUGUAUAACACUGUAUAAAUCCUCUGAAUGGGAGGCCAAGCAAAAAAAAAAAAAAAAAAAAAAAAAAAAAACUUUGCUCUGCAAAGCCUCCAAAUUGGAAAAUCAAGUUUAAUCUUCUUCUAGAAGAUUCGUGUCUUUCUUUUAUGUUUUCAAAACCACCGAAACAGUCCCUGAGCUCAACAGAAGCCAAAGACAUACAUUUGUCUCAGAAUAAUUCUUCUGCUCAAUGGAUUUGGCACUGCCAGGUGGCGCUUCAUCCCCGCCUGGUCUUGGACUCGGCGACUCACAGAUCUGUUAACUGUCUUCUGACCGAGCAGAGUCUCAGACGCCAUCGUCUGAUGGGUCAUAAUCUCAAGCUAUUAAAUCUAAGAGAUGGGAGCACUGGUGUAUUGACCUCUGGUCUGCAAUGCCUUCUUUCUAAACUACACAGCAGAUAGGCAAAAUGUUAAAGAUCAUACUGGACUAAAAUGUUUAUGGCACAUUUUUUUUUCUUUUUCCCAAACACACACAUGAUUAUGUCAGAGAAACUAUUAACAUGGACCUGGAUAAUGUAAGCAAAACAUGUUUUCUGGAAAUCCCAAGUGAAUUUAGCUUUUUACAACAGUCAUUUUGUUCCUUUUUCCUAUUGUUUUUUUGGUUUUGGCAUGUUUUGCUUUGUUUUGUUUUUUGGUGUUUUGGCGGUGGGAUGUUUUCGAUCGGCUUGUUUUCUUGCUUGCUUAUCUUUCAGACACAUUCUUGCUAUGUGACCCAGGCUGGCCUCAAGUUCAGCACCCCUUGGCUUCCAUCUCCUGAGUGUUUGGGUUCAAGGUGUGUACCAUCACGCCAGCUUCUUUUUGAAAAACUACUGUUCCACCAUAGAUUUCUUCUUGUUGACAUCAAGGUUUUGUAAAAACAAUCAGUACACAAUGUGAUGUUCCACUUUUCUCAAAGGUCUUAUCCCUAAAAGGUGGGUCAUCCAAAACUGAGAACAACCAACAGAUUCCUUUUACAGCUUUAAUGUUCUUUUUAAAUUUGCCCAUUUUCACCUUAAUAAGGAAAUUAUAAACAGUUUCUAACUUUUCAGAAUGGACACAGCCUACUGUUUUCAGUAACAGGUGCCUUUUUUUUUCCAUUGAUAAUUAUGUAGGGAGAGAGAAAUUCCUUUAAAAAAGAAAAAAGUCCGAAGACAUGCUACAGGAAGAAUCUUUUGCUCAUUUAAAUUUUGCAUUUGAUUUCUCUGACUCAUUCUAGACUCAUGCUCUUAGACCUUUCAGCAAGAGGCACUGUUGAAUGCAGUUAACUGUGCUGUGUGUUUGGGAGGGAGGAUAAUCCAUGGGCAUCCCAUGACUUAAUACCUCAAGGCAUAUACAUGUUUACUUCCUGCCCUGACCCACUUUGGGUAACAGAUAUAGAAACUGUGAACACGUUUGUAGAAAAUUAUCUUCUGAAAUGGUAGGAUGUUUGAAACCUGUACAAAUUCUUUUACUGGCUUUCCUUGUUGCUUUGAUAAUCUCACCUGGUUCCCCCGGGGUAUCUUCUUGGUAAGGAUAUCAGUCAUUUCUCUAGACAUCUUUCCUCAGGUUGUGGCCGUUCCCCGUUCUAGUGAUCUUGAUUUUUUUUUAGACAUUUAUGAAAUGUCCUUUGUUACUUUACGCCUUAGCUGUCAAGUUUUGCCCUUGGUACGUUGUGCACAGGUCAAAGACUCCUGGAACACAAGAAUUGAUGUUUCCUGGUUUGGAAAAUGAACUGGUGUUGACAUAUACGCCCAGGAGAAAGACUGAGAGAUUUCAUCACUUGUCAUAUAUAGAGAAACAAAAAAAAUUGACAAAUAUUUUCAAAUCUCUGGAAAGAUUGCUGGUGAGCAUAUAUGUUUAAAAAUUAAAAUGCUACUAUAAAUCUAAUACCACAGCUGAAUCUUUCUCGAGUGGGAAGAUGCUGCUGGAGGAAGAGUAAACUACUGCAUCCCUCUGGGACGUUUCGAACUGCUCGUCUCUUACUCGUGUGCAUUGGAAUUCGUAUCCUUGUCAUCGUAUAGACGUGAGUUAUUUGGUGGAUAUCAGCGAAUAUGUAAAGAAAAUGGCUUUGCCUUUUGAAUUAUAACUUCACCACUAGGUCAAUGGUUAAUGAUUUUUUGUCCAGAGUAAAAGAUAUUCAUAAAAUUCAAACAUUGGAUUAAAUUAACACAUUUCUUUUUUAAAAAGGAAGAAAAUACUAAGCUACAUAAAUGGAAAGCUUAAAUUAUGCCCAGUAAAUAAUAGGCACUUCACUAAAGUUGGUUCUCAUUGAACCAGACUUCUAAUCCUCGCUCUUCUUACAAGGGAGAGAGAGAGAGAGAGAGAACCACUGAGCACAAGUUUCUUCAUCGUUCCUCAGUUUCAGUCACAUUAUUAAUUUUAGACAAUCCAAGUGAAGGCAAAUUCAUCAUUGUCCACUCUCCAUCACAAUGCAGAACCAUUCCAACAAAAAUAUUUUCCCUAGAGAGGGGGGAUGUAGCUCACUGCUCCCUCUGCAUGCACACAGGCACUGGGUUUGAUCCUCAACACAAGGGGCCGAAUAAUAAAACCAGUAGAACCAAAACAUAAUGUCAUCUUUACCUUCAAAAGCUUUGGAGGUGGCAGGGGUCGGGUGGGAAGGACCAUAUGAAUGUUUUGAAUGUUCUCAAAUAUUUUUGAUAAACUGUAUUGGUGAGAGUUUAUAUUUUUCAAAUGUUUAUAAGUACUAUUCAUUUUGGAUAGUUUAUACAUCUGUAAUGUUUCUGUAUAUUUCCAAUAAAAUAAUAUUGUUUUCUUGUGCCUUUUGGUACUGAGGUUACAGGCAUUGAGAA